CUUCGACAGGGGCUUAACUAAAGAUGGCGGCGUCCAAGGUGAAGCAGGACUUGCCACCUCCUGGGGGCUAUGGUCCUGUGGAUUACAAGAGGAAUUUACCCCGCCGAGGACUGAGCGGGUACUCGAUGUUUGCUCUGGGUGCUGGGGUCAUGCUUUUUGGAUACUGGAGCAUUUUUCGCUGGAACAGAGAAAGGAGACGAUUGCAGAUUGAAGAUCUAGAGACACGUGUUGCCCUUUUGCCCCUAUUCCAAGCAGAGGCCGACAGACGAAUAUUAAGGUUGAUGCAACAGAAUUUAGAAGAGGAGGCCAUUUUAAUGAAAGAUGUUCCUGGUUGGAAGGUUGGAGAGUCUACUUUCCACACAGAUCGCUGGGUGACUCCCACACUUAAUGAGUUGUACAACCUUAGGCCAAAGGAAGAACUUAUUAAAAAGAAGUUUGGUUUCCAGUGGUAUGUGUAACUUGUACUUCUUGUGCAAUACUUUUGUCUUUAUCAGAAUAAAAUCCUUCCAAGACUCA